CGACUCUCGCCAACGACGCCCAGGCCCGAAGCAAUGCCUCGUACCUCCCUCGGCCACGCGGCUGCGAUGAGACCCAUGGCUACACGCAUGUCCCGGGCUGAGGCCGCGUUGAAAUAUGCGAGAGUAUCUGCAGCCGCCGGCUUAUGCUUUUGCUGCACUGAGAUAAGGGCUCAAGGGGUUUGACUUUGGACCUUGCUGUCUACUACCUGUCGGUGGACUGGGAUCGUGCCAUGUCCACGCAUCGUGAACAGCAAGUGCAUUCACUUGCGAGUACUGUCCACAACCCACGCACAAUAUCAGCGCUCUAUUCAGCACGCAUCUCGCACAGUGCCGCUCACGAGUCUGUACAUUCGCAUCUGCCCUCCCCCUUCCAUUCGCACAGCACAGCACAGCACAGCACAUCACUUCCACUCCACAUCUGCACGCCCGACGUCACACCGUCCUCGGCCCAGAGGGAGAACACCAGACCCGCUCGACAAUCCUGGAAUGCUCAAAUGCACACCCGCCCCCAGCGGCGCUGCCCACCCUCGCAGCAGCACAACCCGCUACAUACCACCCACCCCAAGUCUUGACCAAGUCCUGAGCUACGUAGACUUCUUCCCGCAUUCUUCUUCUCCACCGCCCCAGACCCCACAGGUAGCUUCGUGCAAUAUCUAAACCGCACCUCGGCCAUGGCUCAGUCCCUCGUCGGGCUACUGCCGGCCACGCACCCCAUCUUCUAGGCGUCGACCACCGCGCCGCCAACCCCAGCGGGCGAUAGCUAGCUAGCGUCUCGCAAGCCACCAGGGCCGGAGUGCCGAGGGCGUUCAAGUACCCCAAGAUCGUCUUCGCCACGGCUUUCUGCGGCGCCGAGAGCGGCGGCUGCGCGGAGAAGAUUAGGGUCAGCACGUGCGAGGCCUAUGUGCGAGACAAUGCGGCUGCGUUUGUCGAUGCGUAUUGGGAGACUGCUGGGCUGGAGUGGUUCCAGAAGGGGGAUGUGGUGAAGCCGCAGAAGAAGGCGGUGCCCAUGAUCAAGGGCCAGGGUUGGUUUGGGUGGUAGGAGUAAUUCAUGUUGCGGCAGACGUAGUCGC